AUGGUUUGGGUACCCGACCCAUUGAAGAACCAAGAUGUUACGGUGAUUAGUUCGGCCACAACAACAUAUAGCCAUCGCCCAGUGGGCGACAAGGCACCACUAAUCUCAGUUGCUCAAGGAAUAAUGGGCGAGCAUGGGUCAGUGGACGGUUAA